UUGGUUCAUUAACUGUAUGCAUCUAAUGUUUAUUGUUUAGGCAUUGAAGAAUAUGGCUUCUUCUAAGAAAGAUUUUGUUUGGCAAUGGACAAAAGAUUUUGAUCCUAUCACCAAGCACUUCUAUUGUGUUUUUUGUAACCACAAAUGCACGGGUUCAAUUUCUAGAUUCAAACAUCACUUGGGUGGUGUAAGUUCAAGAGGAAUGAUUAGUUGUAAAAAAAUCCCACCCAAUGUGAAGGAAGAAUGCUUUGCUAAUGUUAUGGGAACUAAAGAAAAGAAGAAAGCUAGCCAUAAGUUGUGUUGUGGUGGUGGAGAAGAAAGUGAAAGUGUCGAUGUGGGCACAACAAGGACACAAUAUGUAAGUAGUGGGAGUGGGAGUGUGAAUGUCACACCUUCACAACAAACCGGUUCUUUUCUACCACCUAGGUCAAGGGGACCACUUGAUAGGUAUGUUUCGUAAGCUCGUCAAACCACAUCGAAUACAUCUUUUAAAAAAGAGGAAAGAAGACAAGCAUCCCAAGCACUUGCGCGAUGGUUCUACACUAGUGCCAUUCGAUUUAAUGUGGCAAACAACGAAUAUUAUGUUAAAGCAAUGAAAGCGGUAUCUGAUUUUGGUCCUAGCUUUGAUUCUCCUACAAGCCAUGAAUAUAGAACUUGGAUGCUUAAAGAAGAAGUUGAGGAUGUACAAAGCAUGAUCAAAGAACAUGAAAAGGCUUGGAAGAGAUAUGGAUGCACUAUUAUGUCGGAUGGAUGGUCGGAUGGCAAAAGUAGGUGUUUAAUCAACUUUCUUGUCAAUAGCUCGCUAGGUACUUGGUUCUUAAAAUUGGUUGAUGCAUCGGCAUCUAUUAAGAAUGAAGAUUUGUUGUAUGGAUAUUUGGUUGAUGUUGUUCAAGAAAUCGGGGAGGAGAAUGUGGUUCAAGUUAUAUCUGACAAUGCUUUGAACUAUAAGAAUGUUGGGGCAAAACUUAUGAAGAGGAGAGAAGGUGUGGUGGACUCCAUGUGCGGCUCAUUGCAUUGAUUUGAUGCUAGAAGAUAUUUAUAAGAUGGCAUGGUUUGAUGACACACUCAAACGUGCUAGGUGUAUUUCAAAGUAUCUAUACGGGCAUCAAUGGGUACUAGCAUUGAUGAGAAAGUACACCAACAAUUUAGAAAUUCUUCAUCCGGCAGUCACUAGGUUUGCCACUUCUUUCCUUACACUACAAAUCUUACAAAAGCAAAAGAAAAAUCUUAUUGCUUGGUUUACCUCUCAAGAAUGGUUGGAAAGUACCUAUGCAAAAUCUUGUGAAGCAAAGUUGGCUAAGCAUCAUGUGCUACAUGAUCGUGAGUUUUGGGGUCGAGUUUCCUUUUGCAUUAAGGGUGUUCUUCCUCUUGUUUGUGUCUUGAGAUAUGUUGAUUCAGAGGAGAGAAACCACCCCCCCAUGAGUUUUAUAUAUGAGUUGAUGGAUGCUGCAAAAGAGAAAAUUGCAAGCAAUCUUAACAAAGUGGAGAUAAAAUAUAUGCCUAUUUCGAGAAAGAUAGAUCGUAGAUGAGACAAUCAACUUCAUCAACUACUACAUGCGGUGGGCUAUUACUUAAACCCAUAAUUUCGGUAUGAGGACAAUUUCUCAAAUAGUGAUGAAGUACGAAAUGGGUUGUAAGCUUGCAUGGAUAGGAUGCUAGGGAAAGGGAAAGAACAUGAAUAGGCCAAUAUUCAAUUGGAUUUAUAUAAUGGUAGGCUUGGUGCAUUUGCAGAUUCUAUGCCUAUGCAAACUAGGAAAAGGCGAACACCAACGGCUUGGUGGAAGCACUUUGGGACUAAAACACCUGAGUUAAUGAAGUUAGCUAUCCGAGUUCUUAGCCUUACUUGUAGUGCGUCGGGAUGUGAGAGGAAUUGUAGCACAUUUUCAAUGACUCACACAAAAAGAAGGAAUAGGCUUGAACACAAAAGGCUUAAUGCUUUAGCCUAUGUUAAGUACUAUUUGGCUUUACAAGAGAGAAGUGAGAAAAGGAGGAAGAAGUACAAUCCCAUUGUUGCGGAGGAAAUUGCCUCCGAUGAUGAAUGGAUAAUGGAGAUAGAAGAUCCCGUUCUUCUCCUCCUCAUCCUCGUCAUGAGCCUACUCCUCCUCAAGAGCCUACUCACCUCGGGGUUCUAUUGCAUACAAAAGAAAACGGGGUACUGAAGGAUCCUCAAGUCAAAGAAAUUUGGAAUAUGGUUCGGAAGAUUCUUUUGAUGAAUUGAUGACAUACCAUACAAGUUCAUCUAGAAUUGGCAAUGAAGAGGAUGAUGUUGCCUUUGAUUUAGAUGAAGAUGAUUUGGAUGAAUGGUUGAUUCCUUUGUUUGUAUUUUGAUUUAGAUAAAGAGGAUUUGGACGAAUGAUUGAUUUCUCUGUUUGUAUUACCUUUUGAAUGAUGAA